UAUUCACGUAAAUAGGCACUUAUGCACGAAAGAGCCGAAUCUUUAACGGAAACGUUAAAAUGUUGCAUAAGCCAUUUGUCUGUUCUAAUAGUUAAUGAUUUGAACGUGUGUCCCUAGUGCAAACAAUAUAGGGAGGACCUCAGCUUCCCAACAGAGUAAUUAUGGUAAAUGGACCUUAUCUAGCAGUGAGGAUGAAACAGAGGACAGUGGAAUACCAUCUCCUCCAUCAAGUAGUAGAGAGAGUCGGGAUUCUGUUCCUCAUUACCCCUGCUCCGAUGCCAGAAAAGCAUCUCACAAAAGAAAGGCGAAUCCAGUUAAAUUUAAAGAGAUGUCUAAAAAGGAAUUGAUUCCUGCCAAGAAAAUAAAAACUGAGACUGAAGUUUCAGGAUGGUGCUUAUCGAGUAGUGAUGAAGAAUCGAAACCUACCCAAGUUGAACAAAAAGGGAACAUUAAAGCAGACAAAAUAGAGGUGCUAGUGCAAAGCAAAAAAAUACAAGAAAACAUAGAGGUGAAGCAAAAAAAAUGCAAGACACCAAGUGAUUCUCAAGACACAUGGGACCUGCUCCAGGCUGGUGAGCCUUUCCGCUUCUACCUUACUAAAGUUAUGGGGAUCAAACCUAAAUACAACUCAGGUGCACUUCACAUAAAAGAUAUUUUAUCUCCUCUUUUUGGGACACUUGUAUCUUCAGCACAGUUCAACUAUUGCUUUGAUAUUAAGUGGCUAGUGAAACAAUAUCCUGAAGAAUUUAGAGACAAGCCACUGCUUAUUGUUCAUGGUGAGAAGAGAGAAUCAAAAGCUAAACUACAUGAGGAUGCUCACCCUUACGAACACAUCCGUCUGUGUCAGGCCAAGUUGGAUAUCGCCUUUGGGACCCACCACACGAAAAUGAUGUUGCUGUUGUACACAGAGGGUCUUAGAGUUGUAAUCCAUACCAGUAACCUUAUCCAUGAAGAUUGGUACCAGAAAACACAAGGUAUUUGGUUAAGCCCAUUGUAUCCUCGGCUUCCUGAAGGAGCUUCGGUUUCUGCAGGUGAAUCUUCUACAAAUUUUCGAUCUGACCUUGUAGCAUAUUUAGCCUCUUACAAUUCUCCGAGCCUAAGAGAGUGGAUGGAUAUCAUUAAGCAGCAUGAUCUCUCAGAAACAAGGGUAUACCUAAUUGGAUCAACACCAGGAAGAUUUCAAGGAAAUGACAAAGAUAAAUGGGGACAUUUCCGUUUGAGAAAGCUAUUAAGAGAAAACACAUCUGCAGCACCAGGGCAGGAAACAUGGCCAGUGAUUGGACAGUUUUCAAGCAUAGGAUCCAUGGGUGUGGACAAAACCAAGUGGCUAUGCUCAGAAUUCACUGAAAGUCUGACAACCCUGGGAAAAAGCAUCAAAAGUCUACAGAAACCUGAGAUUCCUCUGCAUCUGAUAUAUCCCUCUGUUGAUAAUGUAAGAACUAGCUUAGAAGGAUACCCUGCUGGUGGCUCAUUGCCUUAUAGCAUUCAGACUGCUCAAAAACAGCCGUGGCUGCAUUCCUAUUUCCAUAAGUGGAAAGCAGAAACCUCGAGACGUAGCCAAGCAAUGCCCCACAUCAAAACAUACAUGAGGUUAUCUCCAGAUUCCCAGCACCUGGCAUGGUUUUUAGUUACUAGUGCUAAUCUAUCAAAAGCUGCCUGGGGUUCACUGGAGAAAAAUGGUGCCCAGCUGUUUAUCCGCUCUUAUGAACUGGGGGUUCUGUUCUUGCCUUCUGCAUUCGAAACAAAUACAUUCAAUGUGAAACUGAAUAUUUACGCCAGCAAUGAACCUUCUAGUAAUGCCUUUCCGGUGCCCUAUGACUUACCCCCAGAACAUUAUGGUGCCAAAGACAGGCCCUGGGUUUGGAAUAUCCCUUAUGUGAAUGCUCCUGACACACAUGGGAAUAUUUGGUGUCCUCCUUAAAAGCCAAUCAUCUUUUAAGCUCAUUCCUCAAGAAAAUUAAGACAUUUUGAAACCUGAAAAACACAGGUUUGUUUUCAGUAACGCUUUGAGAUGAUCCAAUUACAUGAUCCAAUUACACCACAUUCCUAUUGCUUCAGGGAUUAUAGUGCUUGUUAUUAUAUUUUGGUCUAGUUUGUUUUGCUAUAUUUUCUCUGAUUUUAUUAAAAAAAAAGGUCAAUAAAAUACAUAGAUAUA